AUGGUUUCGUGGCCAACGCCACCACUCAUUCGCAACGUCAGGAUACCCACUCAUCCGGAAUACGCCCUGAUUGGCCUGUUCAUCCCACUGCUGGUGUAUUUUUGGAGACAGCGGAGCCGCAGCACCGUUUCUACAAUUAUUACGCGAAUAUUUGUUCAUCCUAUCAAGUCGUGCCGGGGAACCUCUGUUCCGGCAUGGGAGUACACUCCAGAGGGUUUAAAACACGAUAGAACGUUUGUUAUCGUCGACAAGAAUACGCACAAGACGAUUACAGCUCGCGAAAUUCCAAAGAUGGUCUUGAUUCAUCCUAGAAUAGAAGAGACUCCCAAGGGACAGAUACUCGAAAUUCAUUUUCCAAGCGAAACUACUAUUGGCGUUGUAAGGACAUACUUGGUACCUCCAGAAGAGGUUGUCAAGAGCUGGGCAAAGCUAGACGAUAUUCAAAUUUGGUCGCAUACCACUGAUGGAUACAUCUGCGAGUCACUUGAGCAAGGUGGUCUCGAUCCGUCUGGAGCCCUCUCCAAGUAUCUUGAGCGCGACGUGCUGCUCAUUCGCAAAGGUCCUACCACACGACAUCUCAAGCCCACCGCCGCGUUCCCCGCUCUCCAGGGGUCGGCCGUGUUCCAGGAUGGAUAUCCUAUCCUCGUCGCAUCUGAAGAGAGUCUUGUAGACGUUCAGACAAAGCUUUCCCUCAGCGCAGCUGGCGUCGAAGGCUGGAAAAUCAACGGUGUCGCUGGCGAGUGGACGGGCGAACUCGUCAUGGAAAGAUUCCGCCCGAAUGUUGUCGUCGAAGGCGCGGGAAAACCGUAUGCAGAAGAGGAGUGGGAAGAGAUUUCGUUUACCACCACGGAGCGGAGUGGUCGUGCUUCAUCUGAAUACGGUCGAAUGCUCCUGGUAUCACGGUGCACACGCUGUCAGCUGCCGAACAUUGAGCCUUCGACGGGUAUCCAACACAAGCAUGUUCCGUACAAGGUGCUAGCCAAGUACCGGCGAGUGGACCCUGCUCAUCCAUACACGCCUUGUUUCGGUGUCAACGCGGUUCCACAAGAGUCUGGGGUGUAUAGGGUCGGCGACACUGUCCAUGUGCGACGGUUUGCGGCUGCUGGUAAAUUGCCAGAGAAAGAGGUGAUUGUAAAAAACUAG